UUUCUUCACAUGACAGGUCUCUGUUGCUGGCACAAAUUGCGCAAAAAAAACAAAACAAACCCAACUGUGUGAAACGGUGUAAAGAUAAAGAGUAGGCUGGUUUACCCUGUAGCCUCACUGAAAAAAAAAAACACCAUGACAUGAUGAAGCAGCAGAGGUUUUUGACGCACAGAGAUUUCUGCAGCAUUUUUUGCGUUUGAUACUUUUGCUGAUCUCCAAAAGAAAAGAGAGAAGAAAAAAAAAAGGAAAAAAAGAAAACAUGCCCCACGCUCGAAAUAGGAACCCCAGCCCCAUCCCAGAGGUAACAUGGGACACGGGAUUGAAGGAGAUGAACGAGACCUGGAAGGGAGCUAUAGCGUGUCUCGGGGUGGCCGUCUUCUUUGUCAUGACCAUCGGGAUCAUAUACUGGCAAGUGGUGGACCAGCCCAACAAGAACUGGAUCCUCAGGGGGACUUUUAGCGGACUGAUCUGGGAGAGAAGGACCCACUCGCUGGUCAUACAGACCCUGACGGAGGACAGGACCUAUGUGGAGAUCGACGUGGGGAACGUGGGGAACCCCGACAUCGAGGUCCCCUUCGUGAGGAACCUGUGCUGGCUCAACAAGACGGAGUUCUGCUAUACGUGGGACUCGGUGGCCGAGGUGAAGAUCUCGCUGGAGGUGAACGAGGAGACGGAGACGGAGUGCUACAGCAUGAACUGGGCGCCGGUGCACUGUCAUGUGGAGCUGAAGGACUGUUUCUCCAUGGCUAACGUGUCCUGGUACGGCGGUGCCAGUGUCCGGGGUCAGACGUGGCCUAUCAACGAUCAGAACGCCACCACGCAGCCCUUCACCGUGAGCGACCUGAAGGACAACCCCUCCGGCUUCGGCUCCGCCCUGGAGCGCUACUUCCUGGGCUCGUCAGGUGUUGCAGUGCUCGUGUCCCCUGAUAUUCCCCUGCAGCUGGGGGUGGACAGCAGGCAGCAGUUCUGCCUGCAGUCGCUGCCCAGCAUGGAGCGCCUCCCUCUGCAGUACACCGUGUGUGUGGCCCGCGACGUGAAAGCUGCUCACCAGGAAGCUGUGCAGCAGCUCUCCCAGCACAGCAGGGAGCUGCCCAACAUGAAAGCACUGUGGCUGCCCUUCUGGAAGCUGCUCGCCAAUGUGGAUUCGGGGCAGAAGGUGGAGAGGGAGCUGAGGACCUUCUCCAAUCGUCUGAAGAGACACCAGCUGGGGGAGGGAGUCAUCAGCCUCAAUGAACAUUCCACCACCCUCCUCUCUGAUAUGGACCAUGACUACCUCUACAGCAGGAGAAGGGGGAUGUCCAAGAGACUGACCAGGGACCUCCCGCUUGUCAAGCUUCUUAACAUUUCCAUCACCCUGUCCCCUUUCCUGGGCGUGGGCACCACGCAGUUCCACACCUCCCUCAUGGACGGCACUGAGACCUACUGGCUCAGUCUCCCCUCAGCCCCUCAGGGACAGCUGAUCCCUGUGAUGAGUCAGUGGCGAGGCAUGUUCUGUGUAAAGCUGAACAUCACCAACCCGGGAGCGGUGAGCUGGUUCCUGGACAGAGUGGGAUCCCUGCAGGCCCAUUUGGGGAUGGAGUACGUCAUGCUGGAGGGCGGCGAAGGGAAUCUGUUUGAGGAGCAAGGCCUGCGGUCGCCACACGCCCUCUCCGGAGACAAGUACAUCAGCAUGCUGGCCGACCUGGCCACGAGGAUCGGAGACUCCACCAUCGUGACGGCGGGGACACGGUCGAGCCACAAGCCUCUGUUUGUGAGGAUGACCCCCCUGCAGUCCGACUGGGGCCCGAUGGGCCUGAAGGGCAUCAUUCCCUCCCUGCUGCACCACACUCUGCUGGGAUACAACUUCCUCAUUCCUGAUGCAGUAGGUGGCUCUUUAUCCGGAGACCUGGUCACAGAUGAGGAGUUGUUCAUCCGGUGGAUGGAGAUUGCAGCCUUCCUCCCUGUUAUCAGCUUCCACACACCGCCCUGGGUCUGCGGCGAGGACCGGGUUCUGAACCUGACUCGGACCUACAUAGCAAAGCACCAGAGGGAUGUGGUCCCAUUGAUAGAGAAGUAUGCAGAGGAGUGGCAGAUGACGGGAAACCCCAUCUACCGGCCGAUGUGGUGGCUCAGUCCCAGCGACCCCGUGACCUUCACCAUCGAUGACCAGUUCCUCAUCGGAGAUGAGGUCCUGGUGGCGCCGGUGCUGGAGAAGGGGGCAGUGCAAAGGGAUGUUUAUUUACCUGACGGGGGCUUCCAGUGGCAGGACAGCCAGAACGCUCAGGUGUUCGAUGGGGGCACGUUCCUGCAGGACUACCCCGUGCCCUUGGACGCCGUGGCUGUUUUCUUACGGAGAAGCUGAGUCACGCGACUGGUCACACCGAGUCACCUGACUGAUCCUGUUACUGUUCUGAAUCAAAUUCUUUUUUUUUUUUUUUCUAAAUACUCGUGCUGUUCUCAACUUGCACUUUUCCACUAAAGACCAUUGACCCAGUCUCGAGGCCCGGCCUUGAGACGACAUGUAGAAAGAUUUUUUUUUUUUUUUUUAUACUUGCACUUUACAGUUCAAAAUGAUUUGUGUUUUUUUUUCUUUUUCUUUUUCUCUCUUUGUGACAUUUUUCUUUUUUUUUUAUGUUAAUUGGUUUUACCUCUCGGCUGAUUUGUUUCCGGACUUUUUGAUCUCCUCUUCUUCUUCUAAUUUUUUUUUUUUUUCCGUACGCAAGUUCCGGAGAAAUCUGUGUGUUUACAUGCUGCAUUUCGACAGUCUUUAAGUUAUUUUUUUUCUUUUAGCUGCUGCUGGCUCUCUCAAUAAGGAGGAACAAAGCAAACCCCUCAUUUGCUUAAGAAAAAAAAAAAAAAAAAAAGAAUCUGAAACUCUCAAGAAGACCAAAUGACGAUAUCGAAGGACAAAGAAAAAAUGUUUGAAAAGUUUUUUUUUCUUUUUUUUUUUUGCUUAGUGGGAGGUAGUCAGCUCACAGAAAGCUUCGUACCGAGACCGACGCACCGUGGUACCGUAUGUCUUGCUCACUUGGCUUUUACUUGAACUUAUCAGGCCAACGGGCCGACGUUUUAUGAAUGUACCUCAAGUUACGGUUUUUCACUACUUCACAGAGUCAUCAGACACGACGGCCUAUCACUCCUUAGCACUUAUUCUUAGUGGUUUUACCUAAUUUAUAAACUUACCACUCUGUUGGACACGCCUGAAUGUCCCCUAGUACUGUAGGCCUGAUGAACAUGAGGCCGAGCCACUGUAAUGUAACGACACGUGGCUUCAUACGAUGUCACCUUCUUACUAACCUGCUGUAGUAACGGCUUUUAAAAUGGGCUGCUCAUUUUCUUUUUUUUUUUCUUUCUUUUUUUUUUUUGUCAUGAUGUUGUGUUGAUGUGCUUUUUCAUCUUAAUGGGUGCCAAAUUAAGUUUGAUAGAAAAGCUUCGUGGAUGAAACAGGUUGAAAGAAGAUUUUUGGACAGAUGGUGCGACGGGUUUGGAAAAUACACGUACUCGCUUUUUUGUUUUUUUUUUGCAGAGUUAACUGAGAAGACUGACGCAGCUCUCGUUGUCUGUACGGUUUAAUAUCAACCCACGUGUGUGAGCAGCCAGUUUGCUAGCAUGAUCUAGUUUGUUUUGGCCAGCUAGCACAACUCAUAGCUGGAUUAGGCUAGCGUUGAGUCAUGCUAGCUAGCCAAAACAAACAAGAUUUGCGUACCAGCAACUUUAAAUGACAUCUUCAUUGUUUAAUCUGUAUAAAACUAAAGUAUGAAGAUGAUGAUGAUAAUGUCCAAGGCUAAGCUAACGUCUCCUGGCUGUACGAAUAUGAGAGUUGUACUCAGCUACUUAUCUAAUUCUUAGCAAAAGAAAGUGUAUAUUUUUCAAAAUGUCAAACUAUUCUGUUAAUAGGACAAUGUGGGAGGGAAAGAGGGCUACAGAACCGAGAAUUCACGAGUACGACAUAAGCUAGCCUUCGAAAAUGUCCGUUGCAACCAUCUUGGAUUUAUUAGUAGUAGCUGAAAGCAUGACCUGACAUUUAAAGUCCUAGAGGAGCAGUGGCCACGUGACGUGAACCCUGACGAGUUAUUAAUGUUUUGACUUGGACUGUCCUUGUAGUCACUUCCACUUCCAUUGCUUUGCUUUAGCUCAGUAGCAUUAGGCUACGUAUAUAUAUAGGAGAUUUUUUUUGUAUUUUUAUUUGGCUUGAACCCUGAUAUGCUUUAAGCAAAUGAUGUGUAAAUGAGAUGAUUUUUUUUUUUUCUUUUUGUGAUUAUACUCAUAAAACUAGCCCUGUAAACCACCUUUUGCGCCACGAUGCAUUGCUCCACGUGCAGUUUAGUUAGCCUUGAUUUGUUCCCUCAACAGACGAUCUUAAACCCGGCCGGCAGUGAUGAUACAGACUCUGACAACCUUAGUACUGAACGCUUUACUACUAAACCGAUUGUGUAACUUUGAGCUCUCAAGUUUACUGUAUCAAUUCAAAACACUCAGGUCUACCGAUGCUUAUCAGAUCACCAAAUGUCUUAGUGCAACGCAGUAAUGUUGUGAACACAUCGACGUCUUAAUCUCUCCCAGAGCUGAAUGUACAAUGGACAAACUGUGAUUUUUCCCAAACCGAGCCCUUCGUGCUGAGGGGCUUUUUCUAGCUCCCGUUCUUCUAAUGCUUUUUAAGGAAUGCUGUGGUAUGUAUGUGUUAUUCCGUCCCUCUACAGACUGAGCGAACCACGUGCCUUAAUGUGCCACUCUUAAAUCUGGACGACGCGAUGUUGCCUGGAUUAUUGCAGUAUCAGCAAUGUGUACAUAUUACGAUGACUGUGCCAUUACAAGUGUUUUUUUUUUCUCUUCUGUAAAUCAGAGAACUUAGAACAACAAAGUUACAAUAAAGUUUACAUUUUCUUACUUCA